GCUCCAAUAGUUUGAGAUGAGCUAAACAGAUUCUCCUGUGCCGCAACGACCCUGGUUUCUCGGUCUUCGAUGUCUGCGCACAAAUCUUCCAACUACCUUCGUGUAAGACUUCAAAUGCUACAAACAUAAAUACUGUUACCACUUUGCAACCAGAAAAGCCAUUGUUACAACUAUCUUGGUCCCGAAUCCAUGGAGAAACCUCACAUAGUAGUGGUUCCUAGUCCUGGCUUCACCCAUCUGGUCCCAAUUCUUGAGUUCUCCAAACGCCUUCUCCAUCUCCUCCCACAUUUUCACAUCACAUGCUUCAUUCCCUCACUUGGCUCACCUCCUUCUUCCUCCAAAGCUUACCUUCAAACUCUUCCAUCAACCAUAACUUCCAUUUUCCUUCCCCCCAUCAACCUUGAACAAAAGACAGAUCCCUCUGUUCUCGCACUUCAAAUCGAACUCUCUGUCAAUCUCUCUCUACCCUACAUAAGGCAAGAAUUGAAGUCCCUAUGUUCAAGAGCAAAGGUUGUAGCUUUGGUUGUGGAUGUUUUUGCAAAUGGGGCAUUGGACCUUGCCAAGGAACUUAACCUCUUGUCUUACAUUUACCUCCCUCAAUCUGCCAUGUUGCUUUCUAUGUACUUCUACUCAUCAAAGCUAGAUGAGAUAUUUUCUUCCGAGUCCAGGGACCCCCAAGAGCCUAUAAAGAUACCUGGUUGUGUACCUGUUCUCAGAAAAGAUUUUCCUCUUCCUUUUCAGAAUCUCUCUGGCAUAGGUUACAAGGGGUUUCUGGAACGCUCCAAAAGGUUUCAUAUUCCCGAUGGUGUCUUUAUGAAUACCUUCCUCGGACUGGAAUCAGAGGCCAUAACAACUUUGCAUGAACACGUGAAAGGGAAGCCCGGGAUUUACCCUGUUGGACCCAUCAUUCAGAUGGGGUCGAUUGAUCAUGAAAAUGGGGUGGAGUGUUUAAGGUGGUUGGAUAAGCAAGAACCCAAAUCUGUUUUGUUUGUGUCCUUUGGAAGUGGUGGCACACUUUCUCAGGACCAACUCAAUGAAUUAGCCUUUGGGUUGGAACUGAGUGGCCAAAAGUUUCUUUGGGUUGUGAGAGUCCCUAGCUUUGAGGUCAGUUCUGCAUACUUUGGUGCUGAAGAUAAGGACCCUCUGCAGUUUCUUCCACAGGGUUUCUUGGAGAGAACCAAGCAGCAGGGGUUGUUUGUUCCUUAUUGGGCCCCUCAGAUUCAAGUGCUUGGUCACAGUGCGACUGGGGGGUUCUUAUCUCACUGUGGUUGGAACUCGGUGCUUGAAAGUGUUGUGAAAGGUGUGCCAGUGAUAGCAUGGCCUCUCUUUGCUGAGCAGAGCCUGAAUGCAGCAAUCCUAACUGAUGAUCUGAAGGUGGCACUCAGACCAAAAGUUAGCCACAGUGGAUUGAGAGAAAGAGAAGAAAUUUCUAAGGUUGUGAGAGGCUUGUUCCAAGAGAAAGAAGGCAAGGAAAUUCGACAAAGAAUGGAACUUCUGAAGUUUUCUGCUGCUAAUGCGAUUAAAGAAGAUGGAUCAUCUACAAGAACUCUGUCAGAACUGGUUGCGAGUUUCAGAGACUUUUAGCAUAUCAUUUUGAAUUUUAGUGGUUGUGCUUUGGUUUUCCUUUUCUACUCAUCAGGUUUCAACUAGGAUAUAUUUCACUAAU